UAAAGAUGUGCCUCGCUUUUAAAACUUUGAAUGGUCUAGAGUUUUGUUACAAGUUUUUGUCAACGCUGAUUUGUGUUGCAGGUGCGGAUAUGAAGACUGUGACUCUACAAACUAUGGUUAUAUGGCCUCUACCAAUGACUUUGAGAGGCUAUACCCUCGGUGACUUUUUGGCAGAGUAUUUGGCGGACGAGAACAUUAAAGACUGGGAGUGUUUUAAAUAUGCUCAUGGAGAAGCCGUCAUGAAGAAGACUGUUGUGUCGUGGCCUCGUGUCUUUGUGAUUUGUCUCCAACGCUUUUCCAACGGCGAGAAAAAUGAGGCGCCCCUUUGCUUUACGGAAGUUUGGCAGUCCGCUGAGAAGGAAAUUGAGCCGGACCACGAAUACCUUUUGCAAGCUGUCGUGACUCAUCUUGGCGAAUACAAGUGUAGCAGCAACUGCUGCACUUGGAGACGAACAGUGAAGUAAUGAAAGA